GCCUAAAUUUGGUCUACGUAGUUUAUGAACAGCCCCUAAUAAAUACAAUUGUCAUGAUUGCUGAGCAUGUCGGCCUCCCCUAAAGAAAAUAUUUGAAUGUUAUUUGGUAAGCCAAGAAAAGCACUCGAGGAUUGGGAAACAUCUCUGUUUCGAAGAAAAAGUAUAGAAACUAAAUUAUUUUGGAAUUAAUGUUUACAAGCUCAAAAUUGAAUAGUAUUUCACCUUAGUCAAUGAAUAAAAACAAGUUAACUCUGUUAAAGACCUCAUAAUAAUAUUGAAGUUGUGGGUAUGAGUCCACAUUAAACCAAGACAGUACACAAUAACGAGAACUGAAAUCAAAACAGAAUUCAGUUGGGCAAUAUUCGAUCAAGGGCAACUUUACGGUACUAAACAUAGUUUCCGGAUUAUUCUACGAUAUUUGACAUAGCUGUUGGACCUAAACUUAGUCUUUAAAUUUAAUAGCAAUAUGAUGCUUAUUACUUAUGCCACCAUUUAUUAACAAAUAACUGAUAAUAAGAUCUGAAAGAAGAGUUAAAAGAACGGAGUACUUAUUGAAAAUGUUUCUACAUUAUGCAUGAAAAUUAGGCUGUUCAGCAUAAAGCCAAGGGAAAACAAUUUGAUAACAAUGGUUUAAAUAGUCUUAUCGAUUUGCAUAUGAUGUCUCAAAAAUAUUUUUUGUGGUUUCCUCCAAGCAUGAGGAAGAGUGAUUGAUCAUUGUAAGGGCGUCGUUGACUAGUAGAAUAUUUUCAACAUAAAUCUAUAUCUUUCGAAAAAAUAACAAACAGUUUUUUUGUAAUCCAAAUUAUUGCGCCACCCUCUCCUAAAGCCUUUCGCUUGCAAUCUGAUACUUAGAUAAGACCUUAAUCAUUUAAAAAAAUGGAAAAAAUGAACAUGUAUACGCAAAACCGCGUUCUUGAGAUAAAUAAUUAAUACUUUAGUCAAAACCUACAUAAUGGCAAUGUGUGUAUUUUCCUUUCAUGUAUUUGACUAUGUAAUUGUUCAUUAUUUGAAAGACAAGUUUUCACAGUACAUACCGCCAUCAUAAUGACUCAAGGUCAUUAGAAUUAAAAUUUUUUCAUGUAUUAUUAUAUAAAAAAUAUAGAUAUUUUGUUGGAGUUUUGCUACUAAGCUUACUAUUUUAGAAUGCGCUUGAUAGUUUUGCUAUUAUUUGAAAACCAUUCAACAUAUUUUAAUGAAAUUUUCAUACAGUCAUCUACGCAUACUACUUCGAAACGCUUGAAAAUUGUAUGGUUCUAUCCUCAAAGACAAAAAAGUUGUGAAUAUUUGUAGGAGAUGCAAUAAUUUACAAUAUACGCUUUUAACUGCUUUUGCAUGAAAAACCUUCAAAAAAAAUUUUUGUUCUAGACCCCCCGAUGGAUGUUUUUAACCGACCCAGCAAAUUUAAGGGAAUGGCCCAAAGUAUCACUGGGCAAAAUUUCAGACUUACUUAUUUUUUUAUUAUAAAGUUGUUCUACACAACACACCGUGCAUAAACUUCAUUAUACGUGCAAAUUGGUUGUCUGGGUUACGUCCAUUUCUGGCUGAUGUGGAAUAUUUUAAAUUAUUUUGAAAAAAAUAUUGAUUUAAACCCUGUCUAGUUAUGUAUUGUUACUAUUUUAGCUCGAGAAACUACUGUCAUAGCCAUAGAUUUAAUGAAAACUGGAUUCCAGAACACUUAGGAUUACCUGGAAUAUCACAAAAUUUUCUAAGAAUGCUUUGUAAACUUUAACUAUUAACCCUCGAGCGAUCGCGCUGUUGUAUUUUGUACAACACGUUGAAAUAAUCUCGCUUUUCGUGUUCAGCAUUAGCGUGGUGCUAACGCAGGCCAAACACGUCUAAAGGUCCUAUCUUCAGAAGAGAGGCUCUCUUUGGUUUCCCUUUCUUUCGUUAAUAUCUCAGCUGUUUAAUUGUAUUUUGAUUGUCUCCUUGCAUUGAACGAUGGUCAAAAUAAUCGUCUUUUAAUUUGUACUGCAAAAAUAGAUGAAAGGUGUACCAUUACAUUGCAAUAAUUGAAAGAGAAAGUAAACAAAGAGAGCCUCUCAAAUGCAGAUAAGACCUAUUGAAAUGUUUGGCCUGAACGGUGGUGGGCAACCGCGCGAGUUAUGGAAGGUUAAGGGAACAUGAUUUACUGCCUGUACUUCGACACUUAUGCGACACCUGUGAGUUGGGGCCUUAAAAUUGAACCGGUUUAAACCAGUGUUGCAAAACUUCAUCUCAUUCAUUUGAACACUAACCAACAAAUCUUUUCAGUCAUUUUUCCUUCUAUUCAUGUUCAAAACGAUUUUAUUCAAACAGAGCACCUAUCAAAUGAGUAGCGAAUCCUUGUCAGUUGUCAAAUACAUUGUCACUCGAAUGAGUAGCUGGGCACCAACCGGCUGCGAUGCGGCCAUGUUUUUGAGAGCAGCAUCAAUUUCAGGACAAACAUCAGAUUUAGGGGUAAUCUACGCGUCAUAUUUUUUUUCCUUUUUUAAUUCUCUACAGCAGCAAUUGCACCCUAAUUUAAACACAUUAGCAUAUAUUGACUAACAGAAUUAGUUUUCCUUACUAUACGCCUGGUAUUUAGGAAAACAAUAUUUUUCGUUGUGAAAUAUAUUUCGCCUGUUUCGAUUGUUGCUCCGGAACGUCGGUGUGUUUACAAACUUUGAGUUGUCAGUUGGAGUUCAGCACACUGUGGGGGCCAGAGAUGUUGGCUCGCUAUUUUCCAGUGGGGCAGUAUUGGGAUGACAAGUGGCUGCUGGGCACGAAACACGAGAAAACCCUGCAAAAUUCCGCCAGACUGACAAACUAUCGAAUGUCGGGUCAAAGUCGGGUCAACUGUUGGACCAACAUCGAACAAGUAUUGGGUUCAUGUUGGGUUUGGUGGCGAAAAUAAAAAUAGGUGAAUGAUAGGUUGAUGUCGGGUUUGACGUCAUCAAUGAUGGUAUUAAACAAUAGCUUGGCAGUUUAUGUAACUUGUAGAAAUUUUGGGUGACAGGCAAAAGUCUUAAAAUAUUGUCUUAAAAUAAUUCGUUGAGUUCAUUUUUUAUUAUAAAAUCAAGAAGAAAAUUAUUGAGUUGAAAGUUAUAAAACAUGGUUUUCAUUUACGCGGUUUUUUUGUAUUAACGCGGUUUUCAUUUACGCAGAUUUUUGAAUUAACGCAAUUUAUUUUUACGCGUUUUUUACGCGGUAUGUAUCCCCGCGUAAAAAAAUCCUGACUGUAUUUCUGGGUUUAUUUUGAAAAUUCGUUUUAGGAUUUCUCAAGAAAUUUCUCCAAGGAUUUCUUCGAAAAUUUCUUCAAGGAUUCAUGCAUAAAUUCCCCCCAGGAAUCCCUUUUUCGUAAACUUUCUUUAGAGAUUUAUGCGGAAAACCCACAAGCUAUUACUCAAACAUUUCUCAAAAAAAUAAUUCAGAAAAUUUUGAAUGUAUUCCUUCAGAAAUUCUUGCAAGAUUUUCCACAGAAAUGCUCAAAGAAUUCUUCGAGAGAUUCCUCCAGAAAUUUCUAAAGGGAUUCAUUUAGAAAAGCAUUCAUGGAUUUCUUCACAGAUUCCUUCAGAAAGUCUUCACAGGAAUCUUUAACAAUAAUCUGCCUGAGAUUCCUCUGAGAAAUUUUUUAUCAACUAUCCCUGAGAUUCCUUUAGAAAUUCCUCCGAAGUUCUCUCGAGUUUAUACUAUAACUAUAUCUAAAAAUUCCUUUAUAAACCCUUCCAUGUAUUCCUCCGAAAUUGCUCGAUGAAAUUCGUUUAUAAUGAAUUUCUCUAAGAAAAUUCUCCAAGAUCCAAGAAAUUUAUUUCUUAAGUUCUCCAAGGUUCAAUUCAGAAAUUUCUCUGUGAGAUCCUACGUAAUCGUAUCCAAGAGUUCUUCAUGGAAACCUUCCAUGGGUCUUUUCACAAAUUCCUAAAUGGAUUUUUUUUCAGAAAAGCAAAAUUACAGAAUAUCUUCAAACAUGUUUCCAAAGAUUUCUUCAGAAGGAAGUCUUUAGGAUAAUCCUCCUCCAAUGAUUCAUUAAGAAUUUCUUCUAGAGUGUUCUUUGUAAAUUCUUCCAGGAUCAUCUUUAAAAAUUUCUCCAGAGAUUGCUUCAGGAAUUUCUUCAGAGGUUUCUUCAAACAUUUCUCUAAGGAUUUCUUUAGAAAAUCUUCUAUGGGUUCCUUUCAAAAUCACACAUUGAUUUUCUUCUCAAAUAACUCUAGAAAUUUCUACAGCGGUUCCUUAAAUUUUUUUACAGGGAUUCUUUAAAAAAAAUAAAGGGAUUUUCUUUGCAUAUUGCCUAAAAAAAAAUUAGAUAUUUCGAUCAAACGAUCAAAUCUGACUAUAAAUGUCAAUGUUUGCUCCACCUAUUCCCUUAAAAAUUUUGAAAUUUGUUUCUUAAUGGAGAUUCCACAGAUUCAUUUUAAAACUCAGUCGGGGAUUACAUCAGGAAUAUUAUUAAGAAACUUUUAAGCGAUUUCUUGAAAUUCGCUCUAGAAAUCUUUUGGAGAUUUCUUCAGGUUUUUUUUGUAUAAAAACUCCUGCAGAAAUUGAUACAGAUAUUCCUUCUUGAACUACGCAUUGUUAUUCCUUAAUAUAUUCACACAGAAAUUUAUAAGGAACUCAUUCAGGAAUUUAUACAAAAAUAGUCUUUGAAAAUUUUUACAACGAUUUGUCCAGGAAUCUUUGUAAAACCUGCGCACUUUAGAAUCGGUACACUUUCAACCGGUUGCCGCUCAAAAACGGGGUCACUUGGAAAAAAGUGUUGUUAGAAGCAAUUGAAGCUUGUCUAUUGUAGUUUGUAGGAAAAAUAUAAAAUUUAUAAAUGUUUUUAUAUUUUUAGAUGAACUAUUGAUCUAAAUUCGUAAAUAGUGUCAGUUUUUUCUGCACACAUUGAGCAAAAACCAAUCAUUGUCAGAUUCAAGAUUUGUGUAGGAAUAUAUAAUUACCAAACCCACCAAUUACGCAGUAUUGAAUAGUUGUUGGUAUUAUGAUUGUUGAUUUAGGGAGGUAAAAUAUUUCAUGAGUGUUUUGAAAUUUCCAAUAUAGCUAGGUAAGCUUUUGAAGGGAUUUAUGGAAAAUCAAAGGCUUGCAUAGAUAUUUAAGGUCAAAAAAGUUGUUUUCGCAUAAACUUUAGUUCGGCAAAUACGCAUACGGUAAGGAUACUAUACGAAUAGUAUUGUUAUACAAAAAACCAAUGAUUUGAUGCGUAACAAUAUAAAUAAUCGUGGCUCGAAAGCUGUAUGGACUAUUGCUGACGAAAGUCAUUGGAUGUGUUUUGAUGGCGUGAAAUAUCUAACGAUUUUUUAAAUAAAACUGAAUCUACUCAAAAAUUUUUUAUGUGUGAUCAUAGAAUCAUAUCUAUAGUUCCAUAAUCUAUAUGGUUUUUGUUGUUUAUCCAUGAAAACUAUCUUAUUUUAGGCUUAUUAUGAAGAGUUAGCUUUAUGACUGUUAAUUUCCGACUACUAUGAGGGAAAACUGCAAAUAAUUCCAAAAGUAAUCCAGGUUUCGAUAUGAAUUAAGUUGGGCCACUAGAAUUGGGGAACUGUAGAUCCAAACAACGAUCCCAGGAAAUAUUUUUUCAUAAAAAAGUACUUUGAUUAAAGUUAUGUUUUGAAUAUAGCGUGAAUGGACAAUAAGGCUAUAAGUUUAUUAUGCUCUUGUGAACCAUACUUGUCAAGUGUUUAAUGUCGUAACUUGUUUUGAGCAUAUCUUUGAUGAAUAUAAUUUUGUUUCUUGUGGAAAUAUCAGUCCGUAAGCUGUGAAAUUUGCAAAUGUUGACGAUCAUUAGUUUGUGCAGAAUAAAAUGCCAUGAAUUUCACAAUCAGUAUUCUCAGAAAAAUCUCCACUUAAUAUAAGGUACCCCGGGGCAAGUGAGAAUCCGGGGCAAGUGAGACCUACAGCUAGAUUUUUUUUAUUUUUUAUUUUUAAGGCAAACUUUCUUCAUGGAAAACAUAGGUAUCACACCAACGGAUACUUUGAGUACAAAAAUUGUUAUUGUUCUCACCAUAAAGAGACCAUAUAUGUUACUGUUAUUCAUAUGUAAUUUUUAAUUCAUAAAGUGAGAUUAACAAACCCUACUACAUUCGUCGUUUUAAAAUAGAAUAAAAAAUAAAGUAAAACUUUUUCGGUUCCAGGAUAAUCUUUGGAGUGCUUGCAAAUUAUUUUGAGCGAAAAAGCUGUAAUUUAUUUUCAUUUAUUACCUUGACUUAUCUGCUCUCACUUGCUCCAGUGCAUUUCAGCAUCUGGGGCAAGUGAGACCUAUGAGAGUAACAAACACAAUUUCAUAGUUUGAUCUCGCUUUCUUUAGCCUAAGCUGAAAUUUACACAAAAGUGAAGUAAAAAUCGGCGCCUUAAGUAAUCAAUCGUUGAAUUAUAUUUAAUUACUUCUAUUCUGAUGAUGAAGCUAUUGUUUAAAAUGGUAAAGUCUUGGGUAGAACAUGUUUUUUUCGAAACCAAUUAUUUUUCAUAUUUUCACCUAAGCAAAUCCUAUUAUUUUUUCGUGUUUUGCUGCAUAAUGAGUUUUUCUGAGUGUUAAGGAACCGGCCAUAAAGUAUGAAAAAAAUGGAAAACACGAAAUGGAAACGUGAAUUCAAAGUUCACGAUUUAAAAAACGUAUUCAAUGAUCGUAAAAUUAUGUAAGGGUAAACAUAACAGCUAGAAAUCUUGAAAAAUGUUUUGGUGCGAUUCAUCAACUACGUAAGAUGAAAAGCAAGUUUGUAAAUCUUUUGGCAUUUAACUUUAUGGCGCUUAUUGUAUUAAAAAAAUCAAUUUGUUUUGUACGAGCUGCUAGAGUUGAAUCAUUUUUUUUCUCAGUGUUUCGUUAUUAUAUGUGUUACGUAAUUUAUGUGCGAUACCACAAAAAUCCUCCAACAUAAAUCGCUUAACAUAGUUAUUUGUAUAAGAUAUUUAUAAUUUAUGCUACCUUACACAUAUGCAGCAACUAUAUAAGGCCAUUUGAAUAAACAUUCCGAAAAGGUCCCACUUGCCCCGUGAUACGGAGUAAAUGAAGAUCUGCUCCACUUUUCAUUAUAUGCAUAAUAUACAGAAGGUCAAAAUUUUGAAACAGUUUUAAUGCCCGUUAAUAAGAAGAAAUAUACCAACAAUGUCUUUUAGAACCAUUGGAAUUUUUACAAUUAUUUAUGUUUAGAAUUUUUUGGCUUGACAAAACCAAACUAGCAUUUUUUUAGGUCCCACUUGCCCCGGGGUACCUUAUGAGAGAUUUGCCCCAAAAAAAUUUAAACAAUUUUUCAGAGAUUUCUUCAAUGAAUUCCACCAAAGGUUUCCUUAGAAGUUUCUUCAGGUAUUUCUAAAGAAUCUCUUCAUUCAUUCCAUCAGUAUGUUUUUUUUUAUUCCAAAAACGCCUCCAGUGAUUUCUAACACAAUUUAAUUAAAUAUUUUUUUAGGAACUUUAUUCUUUCAAAUAUUUCGCCACGGAUUGCUUCGGAAAUUUUUCAGAAAAUGUUGCAAAAAUAUGUCUAGAGACUUUUUUUUUGUAUUUGAGGAUUCGGGAAUUUCAGUAAGGGAUUCUUUUAAAAGUUUCUCAUGGAUUUUUUUUUCAUAGAUUCUUGUAUAAAUUCUUUUACAAAUCCAUCAGGGAUUACUGAAGAAAUUCCUUCAUUUUGAAAUUUCUCCUGUGAGAGUUAAAGCAGAGUUUGCCCUACGAAUUGCUGAACGAAUUCUGGAAGGAGUUCCUAAACAUUUUUUUUAUGGAAAUCCCUCCUAGAUUCCUAGAAGGACUUCUUGAAAAUUUUGGUUCUCGAAUUUUGAAGGAUUCUCUAAAACAAUAUUUGUAGGAAUUCUGCAAAGAAAUCCUUGAGAUGUAUUUGAGAGAAUUCCUUAAACGAUCAACAAUCAAAUCUGACUAUACAUGUCAAUGGUUGCUCCUCCAUGAUUGAUCUGAGCUGGUACCAAUUGCACUGAGAUCCAAAUGAAUAAGGGCUGGGAUGUUCCACUUAUUCUCAGAGUGAAAUUUAAGCAGCUCAUACAUUUUUUAUCAAUAGCGGCGCUGGCCACGUCCUUAGAGUCAGUUGGGAAGGGAAAGGAAUGUUAGCGUGAACUGGUUGUUGCUACUAAAGACCGAGAGCACCUCUGCAUCCCCACAACCAGCACGGACUGGGGUAUUUGUUAGACGGAAAGGAUGGAAGAUCUGAGAGUCACCGUUCGGUCGGUGAUGCGAUCCAUGGAUAGGGGAUAUUUAUAAAGCCUGUAUCCGCAAUAAUCAGGACACAGAAAUACAGCUGUAACUCUGCAAAAGAUACAACAACAAAAUUGCUUAAAUUUGGCCUAAUAACAUCUGAAGAUGUGUUCAUUUCACCUACAAAAAUUAAUGUGAACCGGCGCAGUACUUUUUGUUGUAGAAAUGAAAGAGUAGAAUGUGCUCCAAUGAAUUUUGUACAGCCCCUAGUUUUGUUUGUCAGCACUGUACCUAUUGAAUUUGACAAAGGAAAUUCAGCCAUUUCCUUUGUCAAAUUCAAAAGUUACAGCACUGACAAACAAAAAUAAAACAAAAACAAAAACCUCUCAAUCUACAUUUGUUGCAUAAGCGAAAUUUCAAAAAAAAAAAUCGAUGCGCUUUCAACAAUUUUAUAGUCGAAACAUGUAUUGUGACUCAACGUCAUUUUAGCCUUUCAGACAGCAAUUAGUCAGCACCCUUUAUUGUUUCGAUUGUACUAUUGAAAGUACUCUACCAAUAAUCACCAAAUUUUGCAGGCAUAAUAUAAACAUAAUCAACUACCUUCUGUAAAAAUUUUAUAAAAAUUGGCAGAGAAAUUCAAAAGUUAUAAAUAGGCAAACAUCGCACAUGAAAAACACGAAAAAUUUUCAUUUACACUCACCCCUAUCAACAUUUGUAGCUCUCAAACCAAUUGAUCAAAGUUGAUGGAAUUUUGCAAGAAAGUGUCUGUAUAAGUAUCAUAACUGCUGAAGAAUUUCAUAAUUAUCAUCACAGGACUUUGAACUGUAGCGAAAAAGAACCAUCUAUUAUGCGAAUGAAAAUUGUCCUUGGUGUUGUACAAAAUGCUUAACACCACGUCUGUUUGUUUUGACCAAACAAAAAUUGCUUGAGUAAUUUCUAAAGAAGUUUCUGAGAGAAUCUCUGAAGAUAUUCUUAAAAAAUCAGAAGAGAGGUCUGAAAUUAUCCUCAAAGGUAUGUCUGGGAGGGAUUCUUGAAGCUAUCCCUGAGAAAACAAUCUAUAGAAAUCCCUGAAAGAAUUCCAACAAGAGUUUGUCAAAAAAAAAGUGAGGAAAAAAAUUAUUUUCUGAAGAAAUAUGGAAAUUCUUGCAAUAAUCUGUGAUUCUUUCAUAAAAUCUUUCAGAUUUUUUAAGAUAAUCUUUAACCCUCCAACGCCCAAAAAGGAACCAGUGGAGAUAACAGAAUUUUUUGAGUGGGAGGUGAAUUAUACAAUAGAAAUGUUCAUUUCACCGAACCGGUUCAUUUUACCGGUUCACUUUUGAACCGGUAAAAAAUAUUUCAUUGUCCCGAUUAGGAAUCGUUCAGUUUUAAUAAUUUAUUUUCAUGGGAGAUUGAACACUUGUAUAAAAUAUGUGUUUGUGUGAACCGGUUUUCCCAACCGGUUCACUUUUGAACCGGUAAAAUCAAUUAUUUCGUUAAACUGGUAUUAUGCUGAUGUUCUACAUAUUAUGAUGAUGGAAGAGCGGAGAAUACAUUAUUUGUUGAACCGGUUCGUUUAACCGAUUCAUUUUUGAACCGGUGAAAAUAAUUAAAUUAUCUCGCUUGACGAUAGUUGAAGUUUUAUUACUUUUCAUGGUUGACCUUCCAGAAAAGUAAUAAAAUAAGUGAUUUGAAAAACCUGUUCGCUAAAAUGGUUCAUUUUUGAACCGGUAAAAUCAAGAAAUUUAUCCCACUAGUAUUAUGGUGAUAUUUUGCGUAUUACGAUAAUUAAUGGAUGACCAUUCGACAAGAAAACGUGAUUUUGUGAACCGGUUCAUCAAAAUAAUAAAUGAUGAACCGGUACAAUAAUUUUGCUUUUCCGCUUGAUAACCGUUGAAGUUUCAUGAUUUAUUUUAAUGAACGAUUAAACAUAGGACCAAAAAGUGAUAAGGAAAACCGGUUCGCUAAUCUGAUAAACUUUUGAAAAGAAAAAAAAUGGUCCACUUAUGCUGUAUAAAUUAAAAAAAAUAUUAUUUUUGAAUAAUGAUAGAUCAACGAGACUAAAUGAUUUUGCAAACUGGCUGGUAAUACCAAUCUAGUUAUGAACCGGUUAAAAUAUACUAUUGUCUAGUAUGAGAAACGUUGAAGUUCUCUGAUUUUUUUUUGUAAUUGUUCAUACGACAAAACUUAAUGAUCGGGAGAACCGCUUCGUUUGACCGAUACACUUUUGAACCGACUUUUGACGUAAUUUUAUUUUUUUUAUUUAUUUUAUCAAACAUAACGUAGACUAAAUUUUCACUUAUAACUACAGUAUCGGACAAUAGAAAUGCAUAAAAGCCGUUUUCCAAUUAAAAUGAAUCAAUACAAAAAAAAACGAAAGCAAACAAUUGUUACGUCUUAUCAUUAUGGUGUUCUCGGCAAAUUUGUUCCUUGUGUGAUGACGAAUAAUUUUGAUAAAAAUAAAUAAAAGCUAGACAAAUACCAUGAAUAAGAAACUAUGCAAUGCCCAGUGGCACAGCCGAAAUCUUUUCCUGCGGCUGCGGCGGGAAUCGAAACUACGCCACAGACAAACAGACAUACUACUUAGAAGAAAAUUGCUUCAAAACCAUAGUUUGGCAUCUCACUAGCACCCUCUAUAAUGCUCAGUCCGAAGCAUUCAUUUGCAGGUGUUGUUUCCCUCGGCUCGAUGUAACAAUUUUGCAGAUGACGACUCCCUCGUGCCGUCAUCCAUUCAUAAAACAUGAAUGAAGGUUCAUGAUUGAGUCAUUUUAUGUAAACAUUGAUCGGCGUCGCGUUCAUUUCUCAGCAAAAUUGAGGCACAGCAGCGCCACCAUGACAGAUGCGAGCACAGUCCGAACCACACGUUAUUUUCAAAAUGACCGUUAAAUCGUGCGAUGAUUGUGAUUUGAGUAGUAUGUCUUUUUGUCUGUGACUACGCUCCUCAGCACGAUACGACUAAAGGCUUGGUGACACUAGCCUCACGACCACGAGGCCCCGAACUAAGUUUUGAAUUGGUGGGAGAUUGAUCGUUGAAAUAAAAAUAAUGAUGAAAACUGUCAAAGCCUUUGUCACGUGAAAGAUGUUCCUUCUUUUAUGAUAUGCACAAAAAGUAACUGAUAUUGUCCAUGGGUUUGUCAGUAAUUCAACUAUAUGACUAUCUGAUCAAUUAUGUACUCGUAAUAGUGUGAAUUGUUGGAACAAAUCAAUUUGAAAAGAAUCAAGACAUUCUAGUUAUUUAUUAUUGAAUUACCCAUGUUUACGGAUAUUCCGAAUUCUCUGAGGACCAAAUUAGUACAGUGGUCACAGGUUUAUGAGUCGAAACACCCACCAAGUACGAAUUCAAAUGUGCUUUUGAUCGUUUUUUUAAAUGAUUAUAAAUGUUCCACCUACUGCUAUAUAAGCCACAGGGGUCACUAAUAAAUCAGACGGAACAUUGUUUCCUUCCUUAGAUUACUAAAACAAAUGAGUUUGGAAAAUAUCGUGGCGCUCUAGCACAAUUUUCAUAUAUGGGCUAUUUUUACGGAUGUUCCGGAUAACCCGAAGGUCCAUCCAGUGGCCACUUUGAUUUAAAAAAUUUCUCACAAAAGUGAUUUUAUUCCUAGAUUAUUGAAACAAAUAUGUUUGGAAAAAGUCACGACGCUCUAGCUCAAUUUUCAUGAAUUGAUUACUUCUACGAUGUUUCAGAUACCCCAAGGGUCCAUCAAAUGGGUCCUCUGACUUACAAAGCAAUCACAGUAAUGAUUUUAUCCUUAGGACUUUCAUACAAAAAAAGCGUUACGAAGGGGAGGGGGUCUUCAAAACCAGCAAAAACCGUGCCACUCUAGCAUAUUUUUUAUGAAUUGACCACUUUUACGAAUUUUCUAGAUAAACCGAAGGUUCAUCCAGUGGUCUUUCCGAUUUAUAAAUCAGUCGCAACAUUGAUUUCAAUCUUAAAUUGCUGAAACAAAUGAGUUCGGUAGAAAAAUCACGAUAAUCUAGCACAAUUUUCAUGAAUCGUCCACUUUUACGGAUGUUUCGGAUACCCAAAAGGCCCAUCCAGUGGUCACUCUGAGUUACAAACUAAUCGCAAGAGUGAUUUCAUUAUUAGAUUGCUGGAACAAAUGAGUUUGAAAAAAAAACUGCAACGACCUAGCACAAUUUUUAUGAGUUGACCCUUUUACGGAUGUUCCAGAUAACGCGAAGGUUCAUCCAGUGGCCACUCCGUAUUUUGAAUCAGUCAUAAUAUAGAUUUCAACUUUUGGUUGCUAAAACAAACGGGCUUGGAAAAACUGCGACACUGUAGCACAAUUUUGAUGGUUUGGUUAUUUUUACGGAUGUUCCGGGUAUCUCGAAGGCCAAUUCAGUGACCACACAGGCUUACAAACCAGUCGCAAACAUGAUUUCAUCCUUAGGUUAUUAAAACAAAUCAGUUUAGAAAAAAUCGCGACGCUCUAGUACAUUUUUUAUGAAUAGACCACUUUUACGGAUGUUCCGGAUCUUCCGGCGGGUAUCAUAUCGGCCAUGUUACUGGCCAUGCUGGUCCAUGGUGUAUUCUUGCACUGUGCUAGCUAAUUAACAACGAAAUAAAAUUGUUUUGGCUUUUUUGCACUUAACAAUUGAAUAUAAUCACUGCUGUUUGACUAAAAACACGUUAAGUACUAUUUGAGGGCUCAUGGAAUCGGUUCCAGGUACCAGAACCAUAGCGGCAGUGGCCAUUUAUGAUUUUUCUAUACAUCCUACAUUCAAUAUGCAUCGCUUCCUGCAGUUAAUAUUUUGAAUCAGUUUAAAUAUUUUGCUCAGUCAAUUUAAUUAACGAAAAUUUUCCAGAGCGGAUAAAAUCGGAUUAUUGCGAACACACUGUAAAAAACUUUCAACUACACCAGACAGAAUUGAAGCACAUCUGAAGCCAAUAUAAAUGACGUUUAGUUUGAAUCAUAAUGUUAUUUCGUUUUUGUGUUAUGACAGGUUAUAGAAAAUUGCCUUAUUCUGCUUGUAGUCGAUUCCCGGUGGCCACUCCGGAUUGACGUGGACCACUUCCGCCAAAAAUCAAAAUAGAUUAGUAUAGCUUUCAUUUAAAACCAGUUGCAAAAGAUUUGAUGAAGGAUUCGAUUUUUAACAAUCAAAACAAAACAGGUGUCACCUAGAGGUGACACUGGGCGUUGGAGAGUUAAGUCAUUCCUUAAGAUAAUCUUCCAGGGAUUCAUAACAAUUUUUCGUCAAAAUUUGCUCUUAUAGUUCUUCGAGGGAUUCCUUCAGAUAAUGUUCUAUGGAUUCCUACCAAAAGUGCAUUUACCUCAAAAAAUACUCAAGCAAAUCACUCAUGAAAUCUUCCAAGGAUUCUUAAAAAAAAUCUUCUAGGGUGUCUUUAAGCAAUUUCUACAAAGCUUUUUUCAGAUGUGCCCGUAACCGUAAGUUUCUUCAGAUAUUCUCCACCAAGAAUUCGUUCAAGAUGUUUUCCAUGGAUUUCCCCUGAAACUUUCCCUGGGAUUACUUCAUUUUUUUUCGAAAAUGUCCAGGAAUCAUAAGCUUUACCACGGAUUUCUUCAUAAUUCUCUCUAGAGAUUCGGAAAUUUUAUAUUUCUUUAUUACUGAGAUUUUAAGUCCUUGGCUGGUUCCUCUCCGCAUUCAGAAGUUCUUUCAAAGAUAUUUUCAGGAACUUUCAGCCAGCGAUUUUUUUUCAUAGAACAUUCUGGUGGCUCCUUCAGGAAUCCGUACAGAUAUUUCUUCAUGAUUUCAUGCAGAAAUUUCAACAGAGCUUCCAUUGGAUCUCAUCUGCGUCUGCAUCUGCAGGAAUGUCUCCAGGGAUAAUAUUAGAGAUGCAUUCAGAAAAUUCAACAAAAACUUCUGCAAGGAUUCUUGCAUUUUUACUUUAAGUGAUUCUAGCAGGAUUCCUUUAGGUGGAGCGGACCUGGUGUGAUGGUUAGAACAUUUGACUAUCACGCCGAGGACCUGGGAUCGAAUCCCACUCCCGACAAAACUCGCAAAAUGUGAGUUUUUCCUUCGGAAGGGAAGUAAAGUGUCGGUCCCGAGAUGAACUAGCCUAGGGCUAAAAAUAUCGUUAAUACAGAUAAAAACAGGAUUCCUUCAGAAGUUCCUACAGAAAUUCUUUCAGGAGGUCCAGUAGUAUUUCUCCGAAUAUUUUCCUAUAAAUUUCAUCAGUAUUUCCUCCAAGGGUUUCUAUUGGAUUAUUUUCCACGCAUUCAUACAUUUUUCCUGAAAUAUUUUCAAGACAUUUAUUCAGCAAUUCCAUUGGAAUUUGGUCGAAGUCCGCUAGGAUUUUGUUUGAGAAAAUUGAAAAAAAAUUCCAAGAAUUCUUCUGAAAUUUUUCAGUGAAUUCUUUUAGAGUUCCACCAAGAAGCUUCCCCUGGUGUUCGUCCAAGCAUUUCGUCAGAAAUUCCUUCUGAGAUUCCUUCAGGGAUUUCCCUGAAAUUCCUUGAAAACUAGCUUCAGCUUUUUUUUACAGGAAUUAGACUGGAGUUUUCUGCAAAUAUUUCUUUUUAUUUUUUUUUAUUUAUUUUUUUUAGGAAUUGCAGCAAGGAAUUUCUCCAAACGAUCUUUCAUUUUUUUUUCAUGAAAUUUCCCUUUGAAAAUAAUCUGCAAAAACUCCUCCUACACAGAUCGAAAAAGGAGGGUAAAAUUCUGUGACAUAUGAUGCACAUGUUUGGAGCGUGAGAUAUCACAGAAGUUUACAUGACAUAUCAUGUAAAAGUCAUAAAAUAUCAUGUAAAUUUCCAUUAUAUGUCAAGUAAUUCAGCAUGACUCUGAGUAUUUACAUGACAUAUAACAUAAAUUUACAUGAUAUAUCAUGUAAACCAUCAUAACACUAAGUUUACAUGACUAAAAUGAAGUUUACAUGACGUGUAAAUCUCAUUAUUUUUAUCUGUGUAGAGUUUGCCAAUAAUUCCUUGUUUGAUUUGUUUGUUGUUGGCAUCAUCUUUUCAAAACAGCGUAACUGCUUUUGCAACCAAUGCCUGUUGACAAAGCUGUGGAUUGUAUCUCGUCCCUCCCAAGCAGUCCACUUUUACAAAUAGAAAGAUAAAAUCCACCUAUUUCGUUUGAUGGAUGUGGAUUGCGUGAGAAGGCAUCAGUUGAAAAAGGAGUUACAUCAUUUUGAAACAUUUCUGGAAGUAGAUUUUGAAUUCAGGUUAAUCCCUACAUCUUCGAGUCUUCUCGUGGUGUAGUGGUAACGCGCCUGUCUAGUGAGUAGCAGUCGUAAGUUCGAGUCUCACCGAGAGGACGGGAUUUUUUUUCACAAAUUCUACUUCAAUUUGUCCUCACGCCAGUAUUUGUUAGGUCUAGCACUAAAAUUUUUGAUGUAAUUUCAUAAGUAAUCUCUUUAGGAAUUUCUGGAGGAGCUUCCGAAGAAAUCACUGAAAAGAGCGAGAUCGUACCGUUAUAGGAAGCGCUGAAUUUUGGAAACCAUGAGCAACCAGCUUUGAUUUUACCAUUACAGCACUGAACGGUUAGCUUAAAAAGCAUGCUGAUCAAUAUAAAAUAGAACCCUGCUGUGAAGUCGUACAGCGUUUUGUUUUACCUAUUAUUUUUCAUCGUCAACGAGUACUCUAAUUAAUUUCCGCUAAAAGUCACGUAACCGGUUGGAGUCCAUGAUGGUUUACGCGAUGGUUGGCGGAAAUUUACACGAUAGUAAUGUACUUUUACAUUAUAUCUCAUGUAAAAAUGCACUAACUCUAGCAUUCCCUUUAUGUGCAUGAUUUCUAGCUGAAUUUUAAUUACAUUUUUUUCCUGUGUACCGUCACCGAAAGUCAACCAAAAAUCAGAAAACAUAAAAAGAAAUAUUUUGCAAUAUUAUUAAAAAUAUUGAAACGAUUGCAUACAUACUCAGUACCACGUGCUUAAAUCGUCUUUUCUGACUCAUUGCAUGAAUAACAAUUUUUAAACCUGUACCUGCAUAAAAUUCAUAUUAAAAUAUUUCUACAUUUAUACAUUACACAGUUCUGUACGAAUGAAUUCUAUAAAAAGGAAAUUUAAAAGCACUUGGUAUUGAUCGUAUCGCACAGAGAAAAAGCAAUUACCUCUAUAGAGCAAGUAUCUUCAACACGAAUUUUGUCAUUUGCCUACCCAAUCCAGUACCGCCGCCGGCAGGCCAGGGCAGCGGAAAAGUCCAAACAGCUCAAUUUGAUUAAUGACGCUGUCCCACUAAAGCCUGGCUUAUAGUAAAUUGAGAGUUCAGUCUCGUGCCAACCAGUAUUAGGUUAUACGGGUAAUUUGUUUCUCUCGUUUUUCUUUUUCUUUCUCGGUUAAUGCUUGCGAUAGGAUGAUAAUGUGCAAAAAUUGCUCCGUACUGGUUUAUCCGUCCUGAAUUAGCGCGUUUUAAAAUAUCGGCUUCGCCUACCUUCAACGUCAAGGCUUACAAAGAAAAUUCUUCCCGUCCGAUAUCUUCCGCCGGUAGCCGGAAGAUAUUGUUAGCGCCUCCUUCGAAAAGUGAUGUACUUUAAUUUCUGUAUGCCCUUGACUGGAACCUUGAUUUUGCUCGUUUGUUUCGAGUUGCUGUGUUAUCGUAAGCAUCUUACGCGGUUCUCGUUCCCGUCUGUCAGUUUCGUUCUCUUUAAGUGCCCCUGAGUGGAAGUCAAGUUUUGACGUGUGAGUAACUUUUUGACUGCCAUGCUGCUCUGACUUAGGGUGGCCACUGACCAUAUCGUCGAUUUCUCGCAAGAGAGGCACAACUCAAUUUCAGUCAUUUUCGAGAAUUUGUUGGCUACUGAUGGGAAAAUAUGUAAACUGUGUGUGCGUUUUUUUUACAAAUCAAAAUUAAUCAACAUUUCCGAUAGUUUAAAAAAACAGUCAAUCAAAGCCCAAGAAACCGCUAAUCCUACACACUGUAUUCAAGAUACUGUGAUCAAAGUUAAUCCACUUAUACAAAAUGAUGCAUUAAAAUAGUGAACUAGCAGAAGGGAUCAAGUAUUUAUUGUACAAAUUGACGUUUUCCCGUCAUAAGAUUUCUUUUUAGGUUCCUUCCGGUAUUCCGCUUCGGGUUCUUCAUGGCAUCCGUUCAAAUAGUUCCUCAAAGAUUCCUCCAGGAUUUCCUCCCGUUCUUCAGAAUUCUUUCAGAGAUUUCUCCCGGGAUUGCUGUAGGCAAAAAUAAGAAAUGUCACACAUAUUUGAAGUGUUUUUUUUAGAACAUUUCGAUUUUCUAAAAAAAUCGUUUUGAGGUUUCGCCAGGACAAUUUUUGAAAAAUUACCCUUUUUUAGGAAAAUUCUCAAAAAAAAAAACAAUUUUUCGUAAUAUUUUUUAAACUUCCGACGUUAACUAAUCUAUGUUUUACCGUUCCAUGUUCUCUAACAGGCUAAUUUUCUUAAAAGUUAUUUGAAGUUUUUUUUUUCAUUUAGAUCAUUAACUUUUUCAAGACAGCGCCUGAAUCUGAAGGCAAUAAGCACUUUCAAACCAGAAAAGUAAAUGGGUCGCUAAAUUUGACAUCCUAUAAAAUAAAGAAUUUAAUUUUCUCUACAAUAGCAUCAAAUGUAUGUUCUGGUUUUAAUUAGUAUAUGGAGCUACACGGCUAUGGCAAUCAUUGAUCCUUCUUGGGUUUUCUUUAGAGAUUUUUCCUAAAACUUCAUCUGUGAUUACUCUCGGAUUCUGUCAAGGAAUCCUCCUUUCUGGAAUUUCCCUAGCAAAACCUUCCAGGAUUCUUUCGUUUACUCCUCCUGGUAUUUAUUUAAGGAUUUCUUCUAGGAUUCGUUCACGGACUGGGAUUCGUUAAGCGGACUGCAACAGAUUUUGCUCCAGGAUUCUUACUGGGUUUUCUUCCAAAAAUUUUCAAGAGAUUUCCAGUGGGCUUCUUGCAUCCGCCUUCAGGAAUUCCUUUCAGGGUUCUUUCAGUAAUUACUUCUUUGAUUUUUCCCAGGUUCCUUUAAAGAUUCCUCCGAAGAUCAAUUAAACUAUUCUCCCCGGAAUUCUUUCAUUGAUUUCUUUCGGCAUAUCUUCUGGUAUUAUUUGAGGUAUUCCUCCCAAAACUUAUUUACAGGUUCGUAAGGAAAAUUCUCCUGAAGCCUUCCAAGGAUUCCUUCAGAUAUUUCUCCCGUGAUUGCUUCAUGGAUUCUUCUCAGGUUCUCUUUGGGAAUUAAUCCCAGAAUUUUAUCGGAAUUGGGUUCUUCAGGAGUAUUCAGAUUAUUUAAUUAUCGGAAUCUCCACCCUCAAAUUAGUUGAAAUCCAAAAUUUCAGAAUUUUCGGUGCCCGGGAACUAUUUUUAAAAAACAUUUAAAGUUUGUAUGUGGUAGUUUUUUGUUCGGGGCGAACUGUCAUUUUAUCGAAUGAACUGUCAUUCUAUCCCCGAAAAUUGAAACUGUUUUGUUUAUUUAACCAUCAAAAUAAAGGUAUUGGAACGUCAUAAAAUCACGUUAUACUCAGAAAAAUAAGCUCUUUCGAUUAGGCUAUAGAAAAUAGCUAUAUUUUAUUCACUAAACAACCCAAUUCCUUCCCAGAUUCUUUUAAUAUUAAAAAAAAAGACACGAACACCAUCUUUAGCCAGCGGCUGUACAGACUGAACGAAUUCUCAACUCUAGACAACGGCAACACGGAUCAUGCACCAGAAGACACUAUUCUUCAGUUUCAUCGUUCCAAGCGGGAAUCGAUCUCUCACAUCAUGGUGCGAUUAGAAGCAUGAUGACCCUAACCGCACAGCUACGAGGCUCCACACUAGUCUACAGCUCUUUUUUUUAAGUUGUUGAAACCUGGAAUCCAUAAGCUCUUUUGGAUUCAAGUGGCGUAAAAAGAGAAUCCUCUUAGUUUGAGCAAAAAAUAUUGAGAUUUAGAGGUGGCCUCAAAGUUGAAUUUUUAUGUAAUAAUAAGGUGUGCUCACUUCAUAACUUUUUCAUUUUUAAUCAAUUUCCACUUUUUUUGUAAUGAAUAUCUCAAAAAUUAUUUUUCCAAUAAAUUAGCAGAACAGUAUUUUGUUACAAAGUAACGCAAAACAUGAGUAUUUAAAGAUUUAAUUUAUUUUUUUCUUCUUAAAAAAAAAACCUAUCGGUCCCUAACCCUUUUAACCGCUUGACCAAUUUCAAAUCUUCUAGCGUGCUUUUGUAGAUAUCAUAGGCGCCCCAGAAUGAUGUGAAUGAACUGUACCUUUAAAAAUGCCCAGUAAACACAAAGUCUGCUUCCAUUCAACCGAGUGUAAAGUGUACGCAUAUCGCCUACACUUAAGCAUCCUAUUCAACAUCAUAUGCGAUCAUGUGUUGACUGGGUGGUUUCAACAUGGAUAAAUAUCAAAAACCGUUCAAAAACACGUAUUUUACAAAAAAAACAUGAACAUUCUGGCAACAUUUUAAUUGUUUUCAAGCUUAGUUUUGGGCUUAAAGUGAAAAAAGGUAUUCUAAAUAUUCAUAUAGAAGCCUAAAACUUCAAAUUUCGCAGUGUUGCGAAUUCAAAAAAAAUCAUGUUCUAAAUUCGUGGAAUUUUGUUUUUUUUUUUUGAAAUAUUACCCCCUCCCUUGUUUCAUAUUUCUAAAUAUGAUGCUUAGUAUCUGGUUUGGAGUAAAAACUUGCAAGAAAAUCGUUCUAAACUCCAAUUUAACAUGUAAAGAUUAAGUUUUAGGGCAUACUUUGACGAAUAGUUCGUUCAGAACAAAGAAAGGCAAUAGAAAUAUCUACAAAAGCACGCUAAAAGAUUUAAAAUUUGUCAAGCGAUUAAAUAGUUAUGGAGCGCUAAAGUUAUUUUUUUUUGUUAAAAAGAAAAAAAAUAAAUUAAACUUCUAAAAACUCGCACGCUCACACGGAUCUUUCCAGAGAUUCUUUCUAGAUUCUCUUAGAGAUUUCUCUUUUGGGAGUUCUUCAGAGACUUUUCCGGAAGAUUCCUCCAUGAAUUCAUGAAAAAUCCCUGAAAGAAUCCCAAAAGAGUCCUUUGAAAGAAUCCUGGAGGAACUUCUAAAGGAACCCCUGGAGGAAUAAAAAAAAUAGUUGUACAUUUUUUCUUGAGAUUCCCAUAGGAGUUCCUCCAGGAUUCUUUCAAUGUACUCUUUUGGUAUUCUAUCAGGGAUUUUUUCAGGCUAUACAAAAUGACUCGUGUUGAGGGUUUUCCAGAGAUUACUUCCAGAUUUUUGGGUAUUUGUCCAAGGAAUUUGGCUGAGAUUCUUCAGAAAUUUGGAUUUAUUCCGGAAAUUCUUCAGGAAUUUCUCCCAUUCAUAAAGGAAGAUUCUCGAGAUUCUUUAACCCUUUGGAGCCGGAGGGGUCAUAUAUGACCCCGGCGAUGAAACCGAGCAUAACAAACGUGUUCGACACCAGCGAGGUUGCGUCGACAGCGGUGAAAAAAAUCGGCUCCAAAAGGUUAAGCUAAGGUUAAAUCCUCCCGAGAUUUUUUCAAGGAUUUCUGCUUUUUUAAUUUAUUCCUUCAUUGACUUCUCUCGGGAUUUCUUUUGAGAUUUAAAUGGGAUGCCUUGCAACAUUCUUGCUGAUAUUCUUCCCGAUAUUCAUUUAGGGGUCACUUCAGAGAUUUCUCUCGCGACUGCUUCAUUGAAUCCUGUAGGGAUUUCACCCAGGAUCAUUUCAGGGAUUUCUACCGAGAUAGUUUCUGGGAUUCCUACUGAGAUUUUUUAAAUGAUUUCUUCGGGAAUCCUUUCGGAAUACCAUCAUGGAAAUCCUCAUGGCUUUCUUUCCUAGGUUCCUCCUUGAUUUCCUUCUGGGAUUCUUCUAGGGAUUCCUGUUGGAUUAUUCCAGAGCCUUCUUUUGAGAUUCUUACUUUAUUCUCGACGUAUACUAAAUAGACACCGGCAACACAUACGGUUCGGCUCCUAAGUAUGCGGAGUAAAAGAGUAAGUCUCGUUACUAUGAAAACAGUUCGUUCACACUUGUUUAAUUAGGAGGCACAACCGCGAGCGUUUUGAGUGGUCGGCAUCUAAGCAGAAAGAGAUGUGAAAUUGUGAAAUUAGUAGUGUUCAUGGUGUGGAAUCGGAGCCAGUUUGCCUUUCUAUUCCGCAGAAUAGUCACCUGUUCUGUGGCUUAGUUGGUUAAAGGGCUGGACGAGCGAAUGCGGAGUCGUGGGUUUGAAUCGCACCGGAACGAGAUUUUUUUUUUAUAAUUUUAUCUCUCAGUUUGCCAACAAAUCAACAUUCUGUGUUUUCUAAUUUUCGAGUUUCUCUUUAAACCAUGUACUGCCAUUUGUUCUUUGGAAAUGAUAUCAUGUUCAUCUACUACAGCGGCGGCGAUAAGGCAGAACGCGGAGUUGGCUUUAUAGUGAUCGGGAAGCAGAUGAAGCGAGUUAUUCGGUGGAAGCCGAUAAGCGACCGAAUCUGUGUGUUGAGGAUGAAGGGCAAGUUCUUCAACUACAGCCUGAUCAGCAUCUAUGCGCCAACGAACGACAAACCCGAUGACAUGAAGGAUGAAUUCUAUGAGAGCCUUGAUAAGGCCUACGGAGAGUGCCCAAAACAAGAUGUCAAAAUAGUCAUCGGAGAUGCAAAUGCGCAGAUCGGCAGAGAAAGUUUCUUUCGGCCUGUCAUUGGAACGGAAAGCCUUCAUUCUGUUACCAACGAUAAUGGUCUGCGCCUUGUGACAUUCGCUGCUGCUAGAGGGAUGGCAAUCAGCAGUACCUACUUCGCACGUAAGAAUAUCCGAAAACACACCUGGCGACACCCGACUGGUGACACUUGCUCCCAGAUAGACCACGUGCUGGUCGACGGGCGACAUUUCUCGGACGUCAUAGAUGUGAGGUCCUACAGAGGCCCGAACAUCGACUCGGAUCAUUAUCUUGUAGCCGCUAAAAUUCGGGCGCGAUUAUCCAGCGUCACGAGUUCAAGAAACAACAGGACGAUGCGUUUCAAUAUCCAGCGCUUGUCAGCCGAAGGGGUUGCUGCACAGUACCAUCAGAAGCUAGACGAGAGGAUAGGAGAGACCAACGGAUCUGGAGAUGUCAACAGCUUAUGGGGAAGUAUCCACGAUGCAGUGACAACAACAGCGCAAGAGGUGAUUGGUACCGCUCAGCGACGCCAACGUAAUGGUUGGUUUGACGAGGACUGCCAACGAGCGACGAACGAAAAGAAUGCCGCCAGAAGUCGAAUGCUAGUGGCCGGUACCCGGCAGAACAGAGAGCGGUACAGGGUUGCAAGAGCAGAAGAGAAACGAAUGCACCGCAGGAAAAAACGGCAACACGAAGAGAGUGUUAUUGCUGAAGCGCAGGAAAGUAUGGACAGGAACGAUAUGCGGAGGUUUUAUGCAACUGUCAAUGGCGCGCGGCACAAGACUGCGCCAGUGCCCGCCAUGUGCAAUGACCGAGAAGGAAAUUUGCUGACAGACAAAACAAUGGUGGCAGCCAGGUGGAAGGAGCACUUCGAAGAUUUGUUGAAUGGUAGCAGCGAAGGAGCACCCAGGAACAGGAUUAACAUAAUGGAUGACAGUCAAGCAGUGGAACCACCAACACUGGAUGAGGUUAAAAAGGCCCUUAAGGAGCUGAAAAACAGCAAGGCUGCUGGGAAGGACGAGAUCCCGGUCGAACUUCUUAAGCACGGAAGCGAGCAGCUACAUCAAUCAAUCCAUCAGAUUAUUAUAAAGAUUUGGGAGGGUGAAGAAUUGCCCACCAGUUGGUUGGAUGGCCUCAUAUGCCCAAUCUACAAGAAAGGGCACAGACUGGAGUGUGCCAAUUACAGAGGGAUUACCCUUUUGAAUUCGGCGUAUAAGAUACUGUCGCGUAUCCUGUUCAACAGACUGCGACCUCUUGAGGAGUCCUUCGUCGGCGAAUACCAGGCUGGUUUUCGUGAGGGCCGAUCAACGACGGAUCAAAUGUUUACCCUGCGGAUGAUCCUAGAUAAAUUUCGGGAAUAUAACUUGCAGACUCACCAUCUGUUCAUUGAUUUUAAAGCAGCGUACGAUUCAGUGAAAAGAAAUGAGCUUUGGCAGAUAAUGUCAGAACAUGGUUUUCCGGCGAAACUAAUUAGGCUGAUACGCGCAACGCUGGAUGGAUCAAAAUCAAGUAUUCGGAUCGCGGACGAAGUGUCUACGUCGUUUGUGACCUUGGAUGGAUUGAAGCAGGGGGAUGCUCUUUCAAAUUUAUUGUUCAACAUUGCACUCGAAGGAGCGAUUAGGAGGUCAGGCGUGCAGAGGAAUGGCUCUAUCAUCACACGGUCGCACAUGCUCCUCGGUUUUGCGGACGAUAUUGAUCUCAUCGGCAUCGAUCGUAGGGCAGUGGAGGAAGCUUAUGCUCCUCUGAAGAGAGAGACAGCGAGGAUAGGCUUGACGAUUAACUCUACCAAGACGAAGUACAUGAUAGCGGGUAGAGACAGAAGCAGGCCUAGUGGUGUUAGUGCUGAGGUAGUGAUUGAUGGGGAAGUGUUUGAAGUUGUUGAAGAAUUUGUUUAUCUUGGAACACUUGUGACAUGUGACAAUGACGUUUCCCGUGAAGUGAAAAGGCGUAUUGCAGCUGCGAAUAGGGCCUUUUACGGAUUGCGUAGCCAGCUUAGGUCCCGUAACUUGCAAACGCAAACAAAAUUCGCUCUGUAUAAGACGCUGAUUCUUCCGGUUGCCCUCUACGGUCACGAAGCGUGGACGUUAAAGGAGGUAGACCGAAAAGCUUUUGGAGUUUUUGAGCGCAAAGUGCUGCGGACAAUUCUCGGUGGGAAACAAGAAAAUGGAAUGUGGCGCAGACGCAUGAAUCACGAGUUGUACCAAGUGUACGAAGAUGCGAAUAUUGUAAUACGUAUAAAAUACGGCAGACUUCAGUGGGCUGGACACGUAGUGCGAAUGUCGGAAGAAAGAAUAGCGAAAACAAUAUUCAGCAGAGAACCCGGUAGAGGUAGGCGACUUCGUGGGCGGCCGCGAACUCGCUGGCUGCACGCGGUUGAAGAAGAUCUACGAUCCCUACACGUUCGGGGAAACUGGAGGAACAUCGCCCAAGACCGACGAAGAUGGUGCUCUACUAUACGCUCGGCAUUGGAGUAAAGUUACUUUGUAGCCAACAAGGUAUCAAGGUAGGUAUCAUGUUCAUUUUAUUUGAAUUUUAUUUUCAAUAGCAAAUUUAUAUGAAUUCGAAUUAUGCGCCACCUUGGGCGUCAACGGGUUAAAUAAGGAACAUUGACGCUAUACACAAACUCUUCUUCUUCUUUGUGACUCUACGUCCCCACUGGGACUUGUCCUGCCACGUUUCAAGUUAGUGUUCUUUGAGCACUUCCACAGUUAUUAAUUGAAGGGCUUUCUUUGCCUGUCAUUGCAUGAAUUUGUAUAUUGUGAGGCAAGUACAAUUAUCAUGACAAUGAUACACUAUGCCCAGGUAGUCGAGAAAAUUUUCCCGACCAGAACAGGAAUCGAACCCGCCGUCUCCGGAUUGGCGAUCCAUAGCCUUAACCACUAGGCUAACUGGAGACCCUAACGGCAUACUUAAACUCACUUCGACCAUAUUAUCGCUUUCUUGCAAUAGAAGCACUAAUUAAAAAAAAAAUCUGAAUGUUCAGCAUAAACGUUUGAAAACUGGCAAUUUCCUAGUCUCCUACUAAUGUAGAACUUCACAUAUUUAAUUCAGUAUAAGACAAAAAAUGGACUAACUUUAAGCAUUGUGUCCUUACAAGACAUUAUAUUUUAUUCAAUAUGGAUGACCUUUUUUCAAAAGCUAUUGAAAUAGUUGAAUGAUUUAAAUUGUGUCUUUACACAAUAUUGAUAUAACAUGUCCAAAUCUCGAGUUUCUCGGCGAACUUUGCCACGGGUUUCGUGAGACAUUAGUCUACAUACUAUGUAAUACACUUUUCACCAUUUGCUGUCAUAGCCCCAAAAAUGACAAUUUUUACACGAAAGUGACGAUAUGUGUUCUUCUAUAUUUACUUUUCUUAUGGUUGAAACAAAGGUUUGGACCACCCUAUUCUUCAGCACGCGCUAGGUUAAUUUAAUUCCAUUUUUAUUCUCUCUCUCACCGGGGAUACCGUGUUGCGCCACCCGGUACCACAUUCGCAGACUCACUCUCGAUUUCCGAUAGAGUCGCUAAACUUUCCCCUCCAAAGUACCGAAAAGUUUCGCUUAAUGAGAAAACUUCUUUCUUAGAUUUUCCCUCGCCGCGUAACAUUUCGAUGACUGACUGCUGCCAGCCAGCAGUCAGUGUGUUCCAUUAGUGUUGGCCGGAUUCUAGGACAUUCGAUUGGCGGGCGGCCCGGUAGCAACUUCCUCAAUGACAAUAAUUUUUCCAUCGUCAUCCAUCCUUAUAACCGGUCGGAAAGAUCCAUCUGCCUUCCACCAGACAGGAACCUCUCUUCCCUGAUGGUCUGCGUGGGAUUGGGCUUGGGCCCCGUGGGAAGAGAGGACGCGACAUUGUUCCACGUCGUCGCUAUCUGUCACCUUCAAUCUUCGACUGACAGCAGUGUUUGAUUGAAUUUUCCUUACAUAAUUGAUUACUUUGGCUGAUUGAUAUAAGAGUGCUUGUUUAGUCAAGCGGCGAUGGCUGCGGUCGGUGGCGGCAGUGUCUGUUUACCUACUUACCCAUCGUGCUGCUGAGAGAGAUUAAAUACAAAAAAGUGGCCGAAUGAUAAAUGUGGCAAACUUAAUUACCAGGAAAACCGUUUCGCUCGGUCGCCUUGGGAAAUUUCCCUCCAACCCAAGCGAAGUGGGAGAAAGGAAUGAUUGGAUCUAAUACAGGUCGGACUCGAUUAUCCGGAGUCGGGUUCUGGCGCUUCCUGAAAUAAUAUCUCGCAAACGGAAUGCUGUAAGAAGUUGAAAUUUUGAUUGAUCACAAAUCAAAGUUGGCUUGACAACAUGUCAAAAUUUCAGCUUUAUGGAGCAUUCCGUUCCCCAGAUACAUGUUUGAGAAGCAGCCGAACCUGACUCCGGAUAAUCGAGUCCGACCUGUACAACCGCAGGGAAGCGUAAAAAAUACUGAUACAUACACGCACAUGUCACUGUUGUCAGCCCGGUGCCCAGAAGUCUGCAUCCCACCUGAAUAUUUCAUAGUCGAUGCAAAAACGGUUGAAUCGAUCGGACUGACCGCAGUAGUUAGCAUUUCUUGGAAUUUCGGGUGAAUGGGCGAAAGGGCUAAUCUGCCCGGUGCUUUGGUAGGACAAAGGAAAUGUUGGCAGUUUUUUUUCUGUGCUGGAUAUCAAUAGCUUCAGCAAUACUUGUCAUUCCACUCAAUUUGGUAAAUUGGAUAUUAUUAGUCGAAUAAUAGAAAUCUUAAUUGAAUACAUUGAGCUGCAAAAGGGUGAACCGAAAAUCUGUGAGGAGGUACGUCCCGAGCGUUUGCCAAGGAAGUGCGGCUCGAACAGCAUCUGUUCUGGCGUCCAGCGGCUUAGUAUGAAGUGUUGUAUCACAUCAUCAUUACCUAGUAUAGAGACAGCGCCUUUAGAGCGUUUCAAAGUAGCCUGCUGGAAACCUUCAACUCCCAGAAAAGCAAAAGUGGAGCAAAUGGAUUAAUUCAACGGCUACAUACCAGGCAACGAAUUAAGGCCAAUGAUUUGAAAGUCGGAUCUUGGAACGUAAGAACUUUGAAUGAAACCGCACGUGUUGGGCCCCUGAGGCUCGUGAACUACAGAAUCUCGGCGUAAAUGUGUCAGCUUUCUAGGAGAUACGCUGACUUUAAACUGGGGAACGCGCAUUCCGUGCCUCAGAACGCAUCAAAUCCACGCCAAUGAAGUACCACGUCUAUUACAUACAUUGGCGGCGAUAAGGCAGAAUGUGGAGUUGGUUUUAUUGUGAUUGGAAAGUCGAUGAGCGACCGAAUCUAUGUAUUGAGAGUGAGGGACAAAUUUUUCAAUCAGCCCAACCAGCUUCCAUGUUCCAACAAGUAACAAGUCCGAUAACUUGAAGGAUAAGUUCUAUGAGAGUGUAAAAAGGCCUACGGGGAGUGCCCAAAAAGAUGUCAAAAUCGUCAACGUCUUCAUUUCAUUUGUGACAUUCGCUGCAACUAGAACAGGGGUGAAUAAGCAGUACCUACUGCACACGUACGAAUAUCUGAAAACACACUUGGCAAAACUCGAGUGUUCAGGCUUGCUUCUAAAGCAGACCAUGUGCUGGUUGAGGGGUGACAUUUUGCGAACGUCAUAGAUGUGAGGUUCUACAGCGGUCCGCACAUCGACUCCGAUCUUCUUGUCGCAGAAACUCGAGCGCGUAUCAAUCGUCAUGAGUUCAAGAAACAACAUAACCAUUAGUUUCAAUAUCAAACGCUUGUCAGCCGGAGAAGUAGCUGUGCCAUCAAAACCUGAUGGGAUCGGAGAAAUCAACGGAUCUGAAGAUGUCAUUAGUUUAUGGCAGUUUGUCUAUGAAACUGUAGUGGCAACAACAGUGCAAGAGGUGAUAUGUAUCAUUCAACCAUGCUCACGCAAUGAUUGGUUCGACGUAAGUGCCAACGAGUGACGAACGAGAACAAUGCCGCGAGACGUCCAAUAAUGUUAGUGACCGGUACCCGGCUCAACAUGGAAUGGUACAGGGUGGCAAAAGCAGAUGAAAAUCGAAUCCGGUGGCACGAGGAGAGUGUGAUUGCUAGAGCACAGUUAAGCAUGAAACGGAACAGUAUGCGUAGGUUUCAUGCAACUUUAAAUGGGAUGAGGCUCAAGACUGCAUCAGUGUCCACCGUGCGUAAUAACCGAGAAGGAAAUUUACUGGCAGACAAAACAAUGGUGGCCUUUAUGGAUUCCUCCUGAGGUUUCUUUAAUGAUCUUCUCUUGAGAUUCCUCUAGGCAUUUCUGCUGGGGUUACACAAUUUCUCCUUUCGUUUCUGAAGGUUCUCCGGUGAUUCUUUCAGGAAUUCUUUCAGAGAUUUUAUCCUAAGAUUCUUCCAGAAAUUUCUCAUGGUUUACCUCCAGAUGCUCCUAAUGGUCUUCGUCUGGGAAUAGGCUCCUAAAGUCCUAUCGGGAUUCUUGUUUUAAACCACAAUAUAUGGUUCAAGAGUACAUAUUUACUCAUUUUUUGACGUUUUUAUUAACCGUAGUUGAAAAUAUAUAAUUUUUAUUUUUUAGCCUUUUGUCUCGUCCCUAGCUUAUAACACAUACUUUGAGUGAUUUUUUUCACCGUGUAUGUCAGAUAGGAACAUUUUUGAAAUCCCAGUGCGAAAAAUGUCGAGCUCAGUCACACAAGGUUGACCUCAAAUAUCAAAGUAGAACUAUUUACCAUUUUUUUUAUUUCGUAUUUUCUCAUUAUUCCUUUGUUUUUCAAGUUCGCGUUAAGUAUAAUUCCGAUUAGAAUACCAUGCUUGAUCGUAUUAUUCAAUAUAAGCGAGAUUUCGUCUUUAAUUUUAGGACCCUAUUCUAGCUGGGAUUUCUCAAGCAACUCCUGCUGCGGUUCUAGCAGACAUUUCUCUUACACCGAUCAAAAAAAGAGAGUAGAAUUCUGCGACAUAUGAUGCACAUGAUUGGAGCGUGGGAUACCACAGAAGUUUACAUGAUAUUAUGUAAAAGUCAUAAAAUAUCAUGUAAACUUUCAUUAUAUGUCAUGUAAUUCAGCAUGACUCUGUGUGUUUACAUGACAUAUAACACAAAUUUACAUGAUAUAUCAUGUAAACCAUCAUAACACUAAGUUUACAUGACUAAACUGAAAUUUACAUGACAUGUAAAUCUCAUUAUUUUCAUCUGUGUAGAACUCCUCCAGAAGUUCGAGCUGGGGCACCUUCAUGAACUUCACUAGGGAUUGCUCUCGAGAUUCAUUCAAGCAUUCUUGCUUGGAUUCUUCCGGGCAAUCUUCCUGGGAUUUUUUUCAGAAAUCCCUUCGGUGACUUCUAUGGUUUUCUUCAAGGAUUUAUGCAGGACUUCCUCCUAAGAUUUUAUGAAGGGGUUCUUCCAGAAAUUCCUCAUUGGAUUUCUCCAGGAACUCCUAUUGGCCUUCCUCCAUGAAAUCCAGCUGGGAAUCCUCAAGCAAUUCCUAUUACGACUCCUCCAGAAAUUCUAACUGUGACACUUUAAAGAAUGCUUCUAAAUAUUUUUCCUGACAUACCUACUUGCUCCAAUACUUUUGGGAAAUCUUCCUGAAAUUCCUCCAGAAAUGCCUCCUGCGAUUCCAUCAAGGACUCUUUCAUAAAUUCCAUCAGCAUACCUCCACCGAUUCUUCCAAGGAGAAAUGCUGGUAUUCCUCCAAGUAGUUAUUCAAUGAACUUCUCUUGGAAUUCCCCCGGCAUGCUUGAUGCGGUUUUUAAGAUAACUCCUGUAAAGAUUACUACAGCCAUUCUUUAGUAGGGGGGCUCCAGAAAUUCCUCCAAUAACUCUCGGUGGAAUUAUUUAAGACAAUCUUCCAUAGAAUAUUCCAGAAGUACCUCUGGUGAUUCCUCUGAAAACAUCUUCAUGAAUUUCAUCAUGAAAUUCCAGCUGAGAGCCCUCAAACAAUUAAAACUGUGAUUUUACCAGCUCCUGGGGAUUUUUUUAUUAUUAUCGUGCAAAUUGGUAUGAAGGUUUUCAGAAUUUGAUGAAAUUUUUUUCAUAGGUGGGGUUUAUAUAGGUAUAUAAUAUAUGAACAAAAACUACAUUUAAAAAAAAUCAGGGUCGCCUAAUUUUCCGGAAAACUCCAGUAGAAAACAAACAUUUUCCACAGACACCACCUACUUUGAAAAAUUGUAACUCAAAAUCGAAGCAUCGUAGACAUUUUUUUUGUGAAAUCAUAAGUAUAUUUUCCCAGCAAUUAAAUAAAAUGCAAAAUAAAAAUUGUUUUCCACAAAAUUUUCCACUGUUGAGAAAAAUCGGCUGGAAAAGUCGGAAAAACUAUUUUCGAAGUCCGGAAAAAUUUCCAAAAAAAUAUUUUUGAAGCGAAGUUUGAAAGCUAUAUUCUGUAGAAUCAAGAUGAGGUUUUUCUUCGUUCUUGAGUUAUGACCAAUAUUGGGGAAAUUGUCCAGAUGUGCCAGUUUCUUUGAAAACUCAUAACUUAAGAACGAAGCAUCGUAGAAACAAUGUUUUUUUUGUGAAAUCGUAAGCAAAUUUUCUUAGAAAUUAAAAAAAAACGAAAUGAAAAUUGUUUUCCACUGUUGUGGAAAGUCGGUUGGAAGAGUCGGAGAAACUACUUUCGAAAACCGGCAAAAUUUCCAAUACAAAUACUUUUGAAAGGGAACUUUAUAAGCUAUAGGGUACCUGUACCAGUUAUCGCACUACCUAAGGAAAACUACUUCCACAAAAAUAAGGAGAAGACCGACGAAUGUCAUCGAUACGUCAAACGAUAGAUUUGUUCUCAUACUUAACAGGAAAAAUAUAAAAUCUGAGCCAAACCCACUUUUACUAUUUAUUACGGCGUGUGCCAAUGAUAGGAACCCUGUACCAGUUAUGGACAUAUUUGUUAAUUUCGGUUCCACUUCGCACUAUUUACAUGCAUUCCUUAUGGGAUUUGCCAUAACUGGUACACUAUGGCGAAAUAGGGUGCAAGAAAGCCGAAAUUUUAAGGAAAAUUAUUUAUUUCUAUUAUAAUUUGAGCAAGAUGGGAAGUUUGAACGAAUGCAAUCAUCUUUUAUGAACGUGAUCUUUCGUUCACAUAUUUUUUCUUAAUGUUUUGCAUCGUUAAAUGUUGAAAAUCAACUAUGGCGAAUUUGAGGUACUAUAGCCAUAACUGGUACACUGAGCCUAUUCUGUAAAACUUUCAAGAUGUGGUUAUUCUUCGUUCCUGAGUUAUGACCAAUUCUGAGAACCUUCAUACCAAUUUGUAUAAUAUUAAUAAAAAAAUACCUCUUGUAGAAACUAUUAUAGUGAUAGUUUCUUCACUUUGGGGGUUUUCGGCCUUGCAGUCUUCGGUGCAAUUAUAACGACAUAUAAUUUCUAUGCCCGACGUUUAACCCUUUCCUUCCCACUACUUUGAUCGACUAUUUCUAUGCGAAGAAAGCGUUUCCAAAGAAAGUGCUUGAACAAAAGAUAUUGCAAAUUGACCAAAUUUUUCGAAAUAAUGAAAAAAAAAUAGUUGUAAAUCAAUAGUAUUUUGAUUGUUUAUCAAUAGUUCGACUAUUGAACAAGUAGUUGGGAGUUGAGUUUGCCAAAUGAGAUUACAAUCACAUUCUAAAAACUAUUGCAUCACAUCCAUAUGAUUAGCCGGGGCCCGUGGCGUAGUGGCCACACGUUUGCUUCAUAAGCAGAUGGUCAUGGGUUUGAUCCCAGCCCGGCACUUUCGUGAGUUGCUCUUUCCUUCUGAGAGCAGCUGACACUGACCCUCUUUUGAGCCAAUGGCUCAAAUGGACCCGGAUACUUGGACAUCGGCGAACGGCAACUCAUAAUCGACCCUCAAUCGGACUGGAAACAGGAACAACCAACAGCCACACAUCAGCUUCCUCGUGCUCAUCAUUCUACCAUGAUACGGUAGAAAGUGA